AUGGAGAUCUCAGACCAGAAACAACUCCCCCAAAAGCUGGAUUUGGAGGAGAUAACUAGGAAAAUUUCAUUUCUUGACAAAUGGAGGGAAAUCUUUAGUUAUCACAGAUUGGGAACCAAUAAUACAACUUCUCAGAAUCCCGAAGGCAGCCAUGCAUCUGCUGAUGAAAGUAAAGAUGGGCCAGGAAUGCCUUGGCCCAAAGGACAUGGACUCUUGACAUCAAGCAGCCUUUGUUCUUUGCCCAACCCCUCCUCUAUCAUCUCUUCAAAAUCAGGCGGCAUUCCUAUCUCCCUAGCAAUGGCUAUGAGGCUGCGGCAGAGCCUCUUUGGAAAUGCAGUCCAUACCUUCAGCUGUGACUGGGAAGAUGCCUGUUUCAGGUUCCACAAUCCUUUUUCUGACCUGGCUUUUGCUUUGGAAGUGGGAAAGGGAGGUGCCCGAAGCAUUCAGAUGGCCGUACAAGGAUCCAUCAUCAAAUACUUGUUGUUUACAAGGAAAGGGAAAGACUGUAACUUCCACAGUUUAUGUGCAAUGAGCAAGCAAGAGCAGAAGCAAGCCUUGGCUGUGGCUCUGGCUAGUAUCCUGUGGGCUGCAGGAGAAGCUCAGAAGGCCACCCUCUGUCUUGUCACUGAGGACAUCUACGUCACCUCGACUCCUGACUACUCUGCAGACAAUUUCACUGAGCGGCUCCAGCUGUUUGAAGUUUUAGACAAAGAAGCCACUGAGAAAUUCAUCUAUGAUCAUUUACAAUGUUUCAGUGGAGAAGGGAGCCGUGGGGUCAUCCUGUUUCUUUACAGCCUGGUCUUCUCUAGAACUUUUGAAAGGCUUCAGAAGGACCUAGACGUCUCCACUGUUCACCUGUUACAACCAAGUGUUGGAGGCUUCCUAUGCAGGCAGGCAGUUCUGAACAUGAUUUUAACUGGAAGAGCAAGUCCACAUGUCUUUAAUGGCUGUCAAAAUGGAAAGUCUCAAGAAAUACUACAUGGAGUCCUGACCCGCAGUGACGUUGGCUAUUUGCGAUGGGGCAAGGACACCUCAGAGGAUGACAGGCUUUCCCAGGUGGGCAGCAGGCUGAAGAGUCCCAAAUUACCGAUUUGGCUGUGCGACAUCAAUGGAAAUUGCAGUGUCCUUUUCAGCACAAACAGGCAGCUCUUAUCAGACUGGAAAAUGGAGCGGCUCUUUGAUCUGUACUUUUACAGUGGGCAGCCCUCACAGAAAAAGCCUGCCCGUCUUACCGUAGAUACUCACUCCCAUCCCUGGGAAAGGGACCAAGGUGAGAAUGAACAUGGACCAGGAAGACGGUUUUCUCCAGUGGAGAUGGCAAUCAGAACCAAAUGGAGAGAGGCCACCAUCAACUGGAAAGGAGCUGUUCCCUUUUUCUAA